AUGGUCAAAUCAACACAGAUAGCCAGGAUCGAUGGCCUCCUGCUCGCAGCCACCGUUGACGACGAGCAAGCGGAGACCGAGCUUGCAGAUCCCAAAGCAAAUGCGAAGAUGAUCAUACGGCGGCUGAACCGCAAUUCUGAGCCUCAGGCCAGCAUAGAAGCUGGCAAAUACACUCUGCACUAUUUGAUACAAGACCAACUCUGCUUCCUCACCAUCUGCGACCAUUCCUACCCCCGCAAAUUAGCCUUCACCUACCUCUCCGACCUAGCCACCGAAUUCACAACCACGUACUCCUCCUCCCAAUACCUCUCCCCCACCUGCCGCCCUUACGCUUUUGUCGAAUUUGACACUUUUAUGCAGCGCACAAAGAAGACCUACCAGGACAGCCGCGCGAGUCAGAACCUGGAUAAACUGAAUGAUGAGCUGAGAGAUGUGACGAAGGUCAUGACAAAGAACAUUGAGGAUUUGCUGUAUAGAGGGGACAGUUUGGAGCGGAUGGGUGAGAUGUCAGGGAGGUUGAAGGAAGAUAGUAAGAAGUAUAGGAGGGCGGCAGUCAGGAUUAACUGGGAGUUACUGCUUAAACAGUAUGGACCGUUUGUGGGGGUGGGAGUGAUGAUGAUUGUACUCAUAUGGUGGAGAUUCUUUUGA